GCGCCCCAGCCCAGCAGCUCAGACGCGGUCGCACCCUCGUGGACGGUAGAGGCGGCAGCGAACUAGAGCCCGCGUCGCAGUUCGCGGCCACGUAGAGGCCGGGCGAGCCCGGGCACCGGGACCCAGCCCAGGCUCGGCGAGCAGCUCUGCGCGCGGCUGGGGUCAUGGUAUACUGAAAAAGCACUCAAGAGAAAUCUGGGGGGAGCUGGAAACUAUCAAGUUAUUGAGGCCACACAGGGGGCAGAAAAGACAGAGCCCCUGGGCCACAGACCACCAUGGAUGUGCACCUCGAUAACCCUGGGGGUCAGGAGAGCACAAGCAACAGCGGCAAGGAAAGCAGCAGCACAGGAAACCAGCAAGAUGUUGCUAUGAGGACAGAUUCAUCAAAAAUGACGGAUGUGGAGCCUAUGGUCAACAAUUUUGCCUCAUCAGCAAGGGCAGGCCGCCGGAAUGCUCUACCAGACAUCCAGGGUUCAGCUGCCACGGGUGGAACCUUGGAGUUGCCCCUCAAACCGGAGGUCCUCUCCGUGAAGGAAGAUGUGAAAAAGAAAGAUAAAGAAACAGCACAAGACCAAUUGGAAAAGCCCAAAGAUGAAGGAAAAUGAAGGCUCAUUACCUAUCAAAAGUGCUGAAUUUCUGCACCUUGAAAGACUUAGUGGCUCUGCUUUCCUGAGAUGUUUGAUCUGGUAGUAACUAUGGUAACAUUGCUGCCCUAAGCAACGUGUGUGUACUAGAUAAUUUUGUUGUGACACUGCUCACUUGGAUUGCAACCGUGAUGUCCAGUGUAGGUUAUUAAAAGGCAGAUUACUACCGAAUUGCACCCAAGAGAGAGGUUAAGAAUGCAUGGUCACUUAAAUACACAUCAUUGUCAAUAAACCCAACAAACUCCAACGUUCUCUUUUGGAUUUCUUUAGCCAGAUAUAUUUUUAAUUCCAUUUUUAUGGUGAUGGGUAAACCACUUCUUGGUAAAUAGGAGCCAAACACUAUUAAUUUAAAACUUCAUGGGAUUUGUAGGAAAUUGUGGUUUUGGUGAGAAAGAAUGAUAGAAUAGUAAAAAAUGCAUCAGUAAAAGUAUGUUUGUUUUUAUCCAAAAAUGCACCAUUUUUUCCUCCAACCUUACAAAGAUUUGGAAAAGUAGUAAAAUUUGACAA